AUGGGCCGCAUAAGUGGUAAAAGGAAGCUCAAGCAGUGUGAUCCAUUUUUUAAGGGAAAACGUAACAAUGGUAAGAAGGAAAAAGCGUAUGAUCUGCCACCUACCCAUUCCAAGCACUCUACGAAACGUCGACGCAAGAUGUUGAGCGAUGAAUCAGUAGAGCAAUUUGUCAUGCGCACGUCUGCUGUCGAUAGCGACGGCGUGGUGUUCAAGAGAAAGAAUAAUAUGCAAAUUGAUUCGAUCCGAGAAGGCGAGUCCAUGCGUGACUUUAAUAAACGCAUCAGCACGGAAGUCAAACGUGUAAUUUACGAUGCAACGAAGCAAAGUCGACGUAGUAACGAAAAGCGUAAGAUUUAUUUAGCUAAAAAGAAGAUGAAGGCGCGUGAGAAGAAGAUGACUGAGCAAGAGCGAUACGAGCGUGACUAUCAGACCACAGGCAAUACGAAAAAGGACUAUUUUGAGAAUACAGCGCCAGUGUGCUUUGGGGAGCGUGUAGACGCUCCGCCAAUUCUACCCAAGCUCUCAGGUAUUUUCAAAAAGCGUGCAGAGCAAAUCGAGCGCGAGAAGAGAAAAAAAGAGAUGAAGAAUGCAAUUGUAGCUGAUUCUCGAAAGAGGAAGUGA